CAACCAUGGCCGACCCCCUCCUCCUCUCAGACGACGCGUCCUACCACUCCUCCUCGGACGAGGAAUUCCACCCCACAGCCGCCGCCGCCGCCGCCGCGUCCACCAGCUCCUCUGCCGACGAAGACGAAGACACCGAAGAAGUCGACACGGUCCCCGUCUCCGCGCCGCCCCAGGCCCGCGGCCGCAAGCGCAAGCGCACCCUCCCAACCACAACUACCAUCAGACGCAACGCGCGCACUGCCCGCGCCAGCAAAAAAGCCACUGCCGACGACGACGAUGCCCUCGACUCCGGCGACGAGGCGACCAUCGCGGCAGGCUCCCGCGCCAAGCGGCGCCGCGGCGACAAGGCGGGCAGUAACGACGGCAUUCUCCUGAGCGACGCGGACGAGGAGGGCGGCGAGGGCGGGCUGGUGAAGACGCGCGCCCAGCGCCGCUUGGGGCUCGAGCAGAAAGAGCGGCGGCCGCUCGCGCGCAUCGACGGCGCCACCGCAGACGUAGACGCCAUCUGGGCGCGGCUGAGCCGCACGUCGGCGCGGGAAGCGCUGCUGCGGCCACCACGACAGACGGGCGAGGGGGAGAGCGGCGCUGCUGCUGCUGCUGCAGGCGCAGCGACGCAAGAAGCACCCCACCACCCAGCCGGCACCAUCACCCUCAAGCGCAGCUACGUCUUCGCCGGCGAAGUCGUGACGGAAGCGCGCGUCGUGUCGCGCGACUCUGCCGAGGCGAAGCUGUAUCUCGCCGAGCAGGCGGCCAAGGAGGCAGCAGCUACCAACCAAACCAAGACCAAAGCCAAAGCCGACGCCAAACCCACCGACGCCGACGCCGACGCCGACGCCAACGCAGCAACACCCACACCCACACCCACAGACGCAGAAGUAGGCGCCGAAGCUGAAGCAUCCACAGACGCAGAAGCACAAAAAGCCCCUCCCCCACCACCCCGCCGCCGCCGCCCGCUCCGCCGCCCCUCCCGCUUCGACCCCAACCCCACCGCCGAGGUGCGCGGCAUCCCGCCCGCAGCGCAGCUGACCUGGGCGCGGCGGCGCGCGCUCUUAAACCCCACCACUUCCGCCUCCCCCCCCUCUCUUCCCUCCACCAAUCCCAACUCCAACUCGACCGCCCCCGCCCCUGCCCCGGUCCCCGGCGUCGGCGCUGCCUCCGCACCCAAACUCAACACAGUGGCCAAGUCCCGCCUCGACUGGGCCGGCUACGUCGACAAGACGGGCAUUGCGGCCGAGCUGGACGAGCACAGUCGUGCCAAGGAGGGCUAUCUCGGGCGCAUGGAGUUUCUGGGCCGGGUCGAGCGGCGGAGGGAUCAGGGCGCUAGGGCUGGUGGUGGUGGUGGUGGUGGGGGUGGUUAGGUUUGUGUGUUGUGUGGGACGAGGAGAAAGGGAGUGGAGUGGAAUGAAUGAAUAUGAAUAUGAACAUGAAUGCAGAGAAGCAUACAUGCAUGAAUGAUGGAUGGAUAGAUAUGUUAUAACAUAGCAUAGGUAACGACUUAUCCACCCGCGCACGCC